AAGAGGACAGCGCAGGUUUUAGUGAGAGGAGAGGUAGCGUUAGAGAGGGACUCACGAACUGCUGAGGCACCAAAACACGAAAGAUGUCGUUUGCUAAUGACAAACUGUACAAGGGAUACCUGGUGCGGAAUAUGUCCACCAUUGUGACCCGGGUAAAAGUGAGAGAGAUAGUGACCCGUUUGCCUUGCUUGUCUGAUCAUGACAGGGAAAACAUAGAGGCAAAAAGAGAGACAUGUGGCAACUAUGACGGCAUGGUGCUUCUUCUGGACUGUCUAAAGAGACGAGAGAACUGGCCGGAGCAAUUCAUCGCAGCACUUGAAGCCUGUGAUCAUCCAACUUUGGCAGCUGAGAUUAGAGCAGAAUACAACGCUCUGAGAGGCAUCAACAAUUCCAACCCCAGCUCCCCUCCAACGACUGUCAUCAGGGCACACGUCCAUCCAGCACCAUCUGCCAGUCAUCUGUCCAUCCCAGAGAGUGGUGGAAACAGUCAGGCUGCUGUUGCUCAGCCAACCGAAGCAUCAACUCUUCCAGAGCCAGCUACCCAGCCUUCACCCCCUCUGGAAAUUCCUGUGCAGCCACAAGCCCCCCAGAGCUCAGCAGUCCAAGUUGCUGAGGCUGUUUCCCCACCUGAGCCUGUCGCUGAGCUUCCACAGUCAACUCAGAUUGAAGUGGCACCUGCUCCAUCAACACCUCCUCCAUCCCCUGAAACCCUGCACACUCAGGCAACUAUAACCCCACCACCUCGCAGGGAGAGUAAUUCUCACCAGGAGCCAGUGGAAAACUCUGAAUCAGACAUCCAGGAUAUCUCUGCUGACAAUGGUGUGAUUCCCGAUCAGGUGAGCGCAAGAAACGGCAAGGUAUCGAUCAUCGCUGUGGCCACUCCUCAACCAUCCCGUCCCGUUGAUCAGUGUGAUAGUCCGCCCCAACCUAAUAUUCUCCCAGCAACAUCCACUACUGCGGUGGUCAGGCCACCGCAGAGUCCCCCUCCAAGUCAGAUAAUCUCAGAUGUGAGCAACGGAUCCUCUUUCCCCAUGAUGACCCCAGACAAGCCUCCAGUCCAGGACACCACCCCUCCUGUUGUCCAGCAGCCUGAAGAGACUUCUGAACCUCCUGCCACACAGGUUGUUGGAGGCAGCCCACAGGCAGAAACUCCAGCUACAACCUUCCCCCUGCCUGGUGCUGCUGGGAUGGACGCCUCUCUCUCUGAUGACAACACCAUGUGUCUUAGCAAGCCAGGCCACCUCAUCAGCAUCCAACCACAAAAUCAUGGCAGCCCUUCUGAUCCUGCACCCAGCUCGCCAGUGGGGCCCUACUCGGGUAACAGUGAGCGACUGGAAAUAAGCAGUGCUGCUGUGACCUCUACCCACGUUCCUGCAUGUUCUGCUGUCAGUUCCACCACUGUGAAUACAGUCUCUGCACUGCCAUGCCAGGAGAACGGUAUAGCUCUUAACCAUAACGAACCGGAGGAAAACCACUACGAGUCACCCUGUCAGAGUUUGGAAAUGCGGGAGGUGCGGGUGAACGUGGUGCAAGUAUCCGAGGAGAUGUCUAUCCUUAACCUAGACGGCCAAAGCUCGCCACCGCAAGCUCAAAGCAUCAAUGGUGAAGCAGCGAAGGAGAUCACCUCUGCACCCCCACCACCCACCAUUGCUGCUGAUACUGUAUCGAGUGUAAACACCCCUGCCAGUGAGAACUACCACCCCUCUGAGCCUGCUCCAGCUGAUUUUUCACCAGAGCUGAAGACGCUGCAGGAUUCAGAGGAGAAGACUUCCUCUCCCACCCUGUCAAAUAAUACAAAGUACAUUCUGACUGCUGCAGGAGUGGGCGCCUGUGCACUGCUGAUGGCGUGGAAGUUUAAGAAUUAAGGGGAUUUAAUAUCUUAAAAGGAAGGAAGAGAAGAUUAGGCUUUAAGGCGUUGGAAAGAGGAUCUUAAGGUUAUGGUGCCUUAUUGUAGUCACUGACCUGGGCUAGCAUGAGGCAACUGUUUAAUAAUUACCCAUAGUAAUAAUAGCUGACUUGCCAGACCUUUGAUCAUGUCAUUACUUACAUGCCUGUUAUGAAGCUGUGGUUUUAUCCUUUUACCAUUUAAUGAAGCUGACCCUAGUGAGUGAAAACCAAAUCUACCCUUUUUAUUCAAGUUAGAGAACUGGGUUGAGAUCUCAGGUUAUAUAUGCACUUGCUGCAAAUAUAGGGUUUGUAAUGAUAGAAAUAUUUUUAUGUUCACUUUUGUGAUAAGCACUUUCAAGAUAGGAGUCUUGGCUGAACACCAAAUUACCUGAAUUUUACUGGAUGUGGACUGUUGAUGAAAGAGUACCAGCAUCACACACAGUAAAUUUUUCUUUUCCUGUUGAUAGUGGGAAGUGGUGCUGUAAAUGAUGGCUAGUGCACUGUCUCUAUUUAUUUGUACAUAUAUGUACACUAUAUAGAUAUCAAAUUAUGUAUUUUAAGAAAUGCAGAUGAGUCAAAAACAUUCCAAAGCAGUUAUAAUGUCUCAGAUAUUCAGCAAAAACACCACAUAAUUAAAUUGCAUACUUUGCCAAUGCAUCUUUUCAUAGUCUAGACCAGUUGCUCCCAACUGUUUUCAAACCAUGGCCGUCUCUGAUCAUGAUUUUUCCUUCAUGGGACCAUCCUGUUUCUUUCUGAGCUAGAAAAUGUGUUAAAUGACAAGUAGCUGUCAUGUCAUUAGCUGCAUACUUAACUGGGUUUUGAAAUGAUGAUUUUUGAUGAUUUCUUCUGCUAUGAUGUUUGAAAACAUCAAGUUAAUGAUUACUUAUAUUUUUGAUGCAAUGAGAUAAGGCAUAAAAAUGUACAAUAACAAAUUGGACAUGAGCAAAUCAUGCUGCACUCGGAAGGAACCGACUUUGGCAACCACUGGUCUAGAAAAGCAACUGUGUGCUUCCUUGUCAUUAUUUGGUGUAACUGUUUGAGAUUGUAUUUUAUUUUUCCAUAGGUUUUCUUCCCCGUUAAAUAGAAAUAAGUUUGACUGUGUGAUGUUCUGUGAGAUGAGAUUUUACUGUAAAUAGCAUUGUCAAUACAAGAAAUGUCACGGGAAAAAAAAUAUUUUGAAGGUUUUUGCACAUUUUAAGAGGACAUUUGAGCUGCAAGGAUGCUUUGUAGAUUAACUGUAUCGUCAUUAUGGUACAUAUGUAAAUUGUAGUGUCAGUUAAAGUUUGAGUUCAAUUUUUAUGCACUUGUCUCUAGCUCUGCACUUGAAAAUCACUUAAAUAAACCUGAAAUUCUUAA